UAUAAAAAAAUUGCUGGCGUUAACAUAGCAUUCACCCUACAAUGAAUUUUGAGUGUGGGAUAUUAAUUCAACACAAAAUAAUAGGCUACGUCACUAGGGGUGGAGUCAUGAACAAUCACAAGUCUUUCCAACAAUGAUUUACCUGCGGGUGGCCACACCUGUUCAACUACUAAGCCUACUUUUUCUUCCGAGUUCCAUAUUUAUGUCGUCAUAUCAAAAGUCAUAUUCUUACUGCUUAGCGUUACUUGGAACUUCCCUGUUUACUUUCUCUGCGGAGAGAAACCGCGAUUAUGGGUAACUACCCACAUGAAACGUGCAGUUUAGCGUAUUAUAUCCGAAUCAAACUAUGGUUAUCGAUAUUCAUGUGCUUUUUGACAUUUUGUUCCUGGAAGCGCCUUGUAAAGUUCCUUGGGUGGUCAUUAUGAAAUCAAUAUCGCCUAAUUAUAGCAUGUUAUGAAGACAUCUUUAUUAACACUUUGCUAUUAGCACUCUUAAGACCAAUACAAGUUCAAGAACACAUUUUUUAAAAGCCCAUAUUUCUUUCCUGCAGAGAAUUCAGAUCAAGCCUGUGGCACUGGAACUACACUGGUACAGAGAUGAUGCAGAUCUAAAUCAUUGAGGACAGCAUACUGAGACAUGAGAGGAUAACUAAUAUAGCACUCCUUAAGGUUGUCAGUGAAGUCACACCUUAGGCUGCAUGUAAAAAGCCUGAAACAAAUAUAAACACACGGUAUACUUGUUGACACCGUUCUCUCCAUUUAAUAUGUCUGAGCAACAAAUUGGAAACUCGCAGAGAGGUAGCAAUGAAAGACCUUCGAACAAUGAAGCCAAUCCAGAACCUCAAAUCCCUAGAAAAAGUCAGGAUGGUUCAGAGCUCCAGAACACCGCUGAAGAGAAGGAAGAAAAGAGCCAUUCAGAAAAUAAGGCCAGAUUCAAGUGGAGAGAAAGCAUGCCAGAGGGAGAGAGAUGGAUGGAAGACGGGGUCGAGAGGACGGGAGAACACGGUGACGGCAGUCAUGGAUCAGUUCCCGAUAAUCAAGACAUGAACCGUGAAUACCUAGAGGACUGUAUCGCAGAAAAGGAAGCACCGUUUUUUUCGCCAAAAGUCAAUAUAGUGUGCCCUUCAUGGAAGCAGGAGCUUCCACAAGAGAAUGAGGAAGAGCUUCUGGAGAAGCGUCCUCUGAUGGAGCCACAUACGACAAUCUCACCAGUGCAAUACUAUCCUGAGUGGACAGAGGAGGACGACUUCACAUACAUAUGUGACAGUGACAAGCUGAAGCUCAGUGUGGGUGUUGCCGUGGCUGCACUGCUCUUCCCUCUGCUGGUGUGGGGAGGCUAUGCUUUCUUGCCUUUCGAUGCCCCAUUGCUCGACAGUGCCCCACUCAGGCUUGUGUACACACUGCGCUGCUCCUUUUUCGCUAUUGUUCCCAUUAUGCUGGGUGUUAUGGUGCAGGGCGUGGCUCGGUUGCGCUAUGGUGCGCUGACCCCCCUGUAUGACAGGAGGGUGGAGAGCAGGGAAGUGUUGGUGCACUGGCACUUCGUCAGCGACUCACUGGCUCUCUUCCUCUUCUACUUUUUGCUGUUGGCUGUCAUGGCCACAUAUAUCAGCCAGGACUUUCUAAAGAUAGUCCCUCUGCUGACUAUUGUCUUCACCUUUGGCAGGUUGAUUUACUGGGUCUGUGUGUCUCUGGGCAGCAGUGCGAGAGGUUUGGGAUUUGGUCUUUCCUUCCUCCCCAUGCUGGUCAUGCUGGGAGCCAACCUCUACUUUGUCUGCUCGUCACUCAGAGAAGGGGCCAUCUUUGAUGUGGCCCCGCCCACCACUGCCCCACCUCCCAGGCAGAGAUGGUUUGGGUGAGGAGUGGAGUGAAAAGGAAUGUCCUCAAGAAGAAAGAUGUGUGUGAAGUGUAAAUGAGUCUAUACAGCAUUAGAAAUACUGGGGUUAAAGGGAGAUGUUUCCAAAACAUGCAAAACAACUAUUAUGAUGUUUACUUGGUUCCAGAUUGACUGAAGGCCUUUCUGGAUUAUUCAUGUUCUUUGGUAUUGUAAUAAUAAUUCAACAUGCUAUUUGUAAAGUAAGUGAUAACAUAUAGUGCCAUUGUUUUUGAGUGGUGAAGGAAAUUAAUGCUGAAAUGAACUGAUAAACGUGAAUGAAUAAUGAUCACGACUUUUUAGAUCAAACUUUCUUAUGAUACAUGUAGAAUGUAGUGUACAUAAGGAAUACGACAAUUAAUACUGAAAUUUCACAUUUAGAAUUUGUAUUUCAUGUGAUUUUAGAAUAUUCAGUAUCUCUAUAACCAUUGUCAUGCUUGUGGCUACACACAAUUGAAUUACAAUUUCUUACGACUGUGAAUUAUUUUUAUUUUGUAUGCUGCUAUAUAAAACAGAUUGAUAAAGUCAUAAAUUCAAUAAAGCCAUCAGAGGGU